UCAGGAAGUAGAACUAGUCGGUGCGGUGUGGAUUUCGAGGUUGUCUGUUUUUGUUCCUAAACAAAGUGCGAGUCAUCGCCCAGUGCAUCCAUAGGAAAAGGUGUAGGGGCUCGUAGCCACGUCUAUGGCUAUUCUUUGUCUGUAUACAUAAGAUCGGUUUUAAAUUGACACAAAAUGGGACCAGGUUAGAAUUUUCUAGAAAAGCCGAACAGCGAAGAUUAUAUGCUUUCCGUGCAGGGCUACCAGCGGCCCGUUGCCGUGUCAAGAAGCCUCGCGCUGAACUGAGUCGGGCUCGCGAGUCGCUAGCCAUUGUUGGCAAGAGGGCAGCGAAGAAAACGGCCGCCUUCCAGCUAACUGCUGACAAAAUCCCCCUCCUGAUUCUGUUCUGGGAGUGUUCUGACCCAAAACGUCGCCAAGAUAGCUGGCCCGAGCAGGAAGCGGCACAGCUCAGAUCCAGACCCCAGCGGCGGCAGCAGCAGCAGCAGUGGGAGUGAGGCGGGCGACGCACGGCCAGUGAGUGGCAAGUGGCUGAAGAUGGCCAGCAGCAGCAACGCGAGCGGCUCCAACCCAGGGGAGACGGGUCGCAGGAGGGCCCAGCGCGGCGGUGGAGGAGGAGGCGGUCCGGACGACACCGGCAGCACCAGCAAGAAGAAACAGAAGGAUCGGGCUAAUCAAGAGAGCAGGGAGGCCAAACGUGCUGCUGCUGCCGCUGCCUCCUCCUCCACCACCACCACCACCACGGCCUCAACCAGCAGCACAGAGACCAAGAAAGAUGUGUUUUGGGACUGGAAGCAGAAUGCGGACGAGGUGAUCGUGAGGCUGCGCUGUGGGGACGGGGUUCUGAAGGCUGAUGAUGUCAACGCCGCGUUCUCAGACACCGCCUGCAGAGUCUGCUUUCCAGAUGGCUCGGAGUGGAGCUGCCACCUGCACUCUGAGAUCGAGGGCUCGUGCAGCAAGGUGCUGUUCAAGGAGAAAGGCAACACCCUGCAGCUGGUCAUGAGCAAGAAGAUCCCCUUCAACACCUGGCCCACCCUCACUAGAAGCAACAUGGAGAAGGAGCCGGUGAACAUCAAGAUGGAGAACGGUAAAGACCACUCGCUCAUCAUCAGCACCUCAGACUCCGCCCCCAAGGCCUUCUCCCAGCCGGCCACGCCCCCAGGGGGCUCGGGUGGUGGCGGCGAGCAGAGGCGCGGGAAGGGCGAGCGCGGCAGCAAGCGAGGAAUGAAGAACAAGGGAGCGGGGGAGAGGGAGAGGGAGCGGACGGAGAGCAGCGGCGGUGGUGGUGGAGGGCCAAAGCCAUCGGACAGCAGCGUGAAGCCCACAGGAGCACCACAGGCACCCAAGGCCGACCCCUCCACCACCUCCACCUCCACCCCGGCAGUGCCCAGUGCCAAACGCACCCCGCGCACAACCAAGUCCCCCAAAGCCCCGUCAUCAUCCACCCCGUCCAACACCUCCACUACCACCACCACCACCACCACCACGUCAGGGGCCGCCCCAGCGAGGGAAUCCCAGCCCAAGGGCUCCGUAAACGGGCAACAGGCCAGCUCUGCUCCUGCUGCCACCCCCAUCACAACAGCUACAACCACCACCACUACGACCACCACCACCACUACUACCAUCAGGGACAACAGGGUAACAACGCCAGGCAGGGGCCGCGAACAAACACCUGCUGUGCCGGCCCCAGCCGCGGUCAGCAGGGAACCGGAACGUAAGCUUCAGGUGGAGAGAGACGAUCAGAAGUCAGGCCAGUCACCUGUGUCAUCGGGGCCCAGGCUAGAUUCACACAGCUCUCCUGCACCAGUGCGGACCCCCAGCCCAGUCAGCACCAGCACCAGCACCAGUCAAAAGCCAGAGGCAUCCACCACCAACGGCCUGACCCCUCAUGGAGAAGGCCAGGGGGACAGGAACGUCAGCUCUGCCCCAGAGAAAGACCCCGCUGAACGGGUACAGACACCCAAAGUCCAGCAGCAGCAGCAGGUCCAGAAUCUGGACUUGGAGAGCACCUCCUCCACCACCAAUACUACGUCAUCAAGCGCCGUCACCAAGGAUGAGGAGUCGACGGGGAAAGGAGGAGGAGGAGUAGUGGAGGAGGAGAAGAGGGACAAGUCUAAGGAGGAGCCCUCGGAGAAGAGCCAGGAGGAGGAGGAGAAAGCUCCAGAGCCCAUGGUGAACCUGCAGCUGGUGAAGAAUGACUCGUAUGAGAAGGGGACAGACCUGAUGGUGGUUAACGUCUACAUGAAGGGCAUCUGCCGCCAGACCUCCCGGGUGCUCUUCAGGGAGCAGGACUUCACACUCAUCUUUCAAACCAGUGACCCCAAUUUCCUGCGCCUUCAUUCUGAUUGUGGACCAAACACUGUCUUCAAAUGGCAGGUUAAACUCAGGAACCUGAUCCAGCCCGAGCAGUCCAGCUAUGCCUUCACCCCAUCCCGCAUCGACAUCACCCUGAAGAAGAGGCACAGCCAGCGCUGGGGGGGGCUGGAGGCCCCCGCUACACAAGGUGCAGUGGGGGGCGCCAAGGUCGCUGUGCCCUGUGGCCCGUCCACCCUCGACAAGAGCCAGCCGGGCAGCAGCCAGCACGCGCUGCCCGCCAAGGAGGAGCCCCGGGCGGGCGAGGAGAAGCCCAAGCCCCCCCGCUCUGCAGAGGACACGGGGAUGGAGGCCGUCGUCCCGCGCACCGUCACGGAACACGUCCCCAUCAAGCAAGAAUCCACCCUCACUACGCCUAAGCCCACCUGUAUGGUGCAGCCUAUGACUCAUGCCCCGCCCUCGGCUGCUGAGCGAUGUGAGGAAGAGGAGGAGAAGAAGGUGUGUCUGCCCGGCUUCACCGGAUUGGUCAACCUGGGCAACACCUGCUUCAUGAACAGUGUCAUCCAGUCGCUCUCAAACACGCGCGAGCUCAGGGACUACUUCCAUGACCGGGCGUUUGAGACGGAGAUCAACUGCAGCAACCCUCUGGGCACGGGCGGCCGACUGGCCAUCGGCUUCGCUGUGCUGCUGCGGGCGCUCUGGAAGGGCACACACCACGCCUUCCAACCAUCCAAACUCAAGGCGAUCGUGGCGAGUAAGGCCAGUCAGUUCACGGGCUACGCUCAGCACGAUGCUCAGGAGUUCAUGGCCUUCCUAUUGGACGGACUGCACGAGGACCUCAACCGCAUCCAGAACAAACCCUACACAGAGACCGUCGACUCGGACGGACGACUGGACGAGGUGGUGGCAGAGGAGGCUUGGCAGAGACACAAGAUGCGUAACGACUCGUUCAUCGUGGACCUGUUCCAGGGCCAGUACAAGUCCAAACUGGUCUGCCCCAUGUGCUCCAAGGUGUCCAUCACGUUCGACCCUUUCCUCUACCUGCCAGUGCCCUUACCUCAGAAACAAAAGGUGCUGACCGUCUUCUUCUUCGCUAAAGAGCCUCACAAGAAGCCCAUCAAGUUUCUAGUGAGUGUCAGCAAGGAGAACUCCAGCACUGCAGAGGUUCUAGAGUCCAUCUCGAGGAGCACACGGAUCAAACCAGAGAACCUGAGGCUGGCGGAGGUGGUGAAGAGUCGUUUCCAGCGCAUCUUCCUGCCGUCCCACUCGCUAGACGCCGUGUCCUCCUCCGACAUGCUCUUCUGCUUCGAGGUGCUCUCCAAAGAGCUGGCCAAGGAGCGCGUGGUGGUGCUCAGGGUCCAGCAGAAGCCCCAGGUGCCCAGCAUCCCCAUAGCCAAGUGUGCUGCCUGCCAAAAGCCUCCGCUCCCCGAAGAGGACAAGCUGAAGAGGUGCACGCGCUGCUACAGAGUUGGAUACUGCAACCAGGUUUGCCAGAAGACCCACUGGCCCUCUCACAAAGGCCAGUGUCGGACCAACAGUGAGAGCGUGGGCCUGCCUUUCCUGGUCAGUGUGCCCGAGUCCCGGCUCACCUACGCUCGCCUCACCCAGCUGCUGGAGGGAUACUCCAGGUACUCGGUCAACGUGUUCCAGCCUCCCUUCCAGUCGGGCAGGACGUCUCCAGAGGUGGGCCAGGGCCGGGGAGACCUGGCCUCCGUGCAGGGUGGCGUCCCCGAGGGCGUGGCCCCAGACGAGCACCCCGGCCUGGCCAGCGGGGACGGAGAGGGAUCCCUGGAGGUGGAGCAGCAGGACCUGGACAGCCUGAACGGGAACAGCCCGGCGGAUAUCGCCCAGGCGGCAGCUGCUACAGCAGCGGUGGCCUCCCGUACAGCAGGGGCAGCGGAGGCGGACUCGGUCUCCACGCGCACCACAGACUCUGGCUUCUCCGAGCUGACGAGCGGCUCCAGAGACCCCCCUGAGGAGAAGGAGACGACCUGUGAGAAGUCCCUCAAGCCAGAAGCGGUGGUGGCAGGGUUCCAGCAGGCCUCUGAGAGCAGCUCUAGCCACGCCUCCCAGUUCUACAUCUCCCUCCUGGACGCCAGCAACAAGGAACAGAAGCUGGAGGAGAGGGGUGAGGGUACUCUGGACAUCCCGGAUGACUGCACGCUGGAGCUGGUGUGGAAGAAUAACGAGCGGCUGAAAGAGUACGUGCUGGUGCGCUCCAAGGAGCUGGAGUUCGAGGAGGACCCGGGCUCGGCCAGCGAGACUGCCCGUGCAGGACACUUCACCCUGGAGCAGUGCCUCAACCUCUUCACCAAGCCAGAGGUGCUCGCGCCCGAGGAGGCCUGGUACUGCCCUAAGUGCCAGCAACAUCGGGAAGCGUCCAAGCAGCUGUUGCUAUGGCGACUGCCGAACGUGCUCAUCAUCCAGCUGAAGCGUUUCUCCUUCCGAAGCUUCAUCUGGAGAGACAAGAUCAACGACAUGGUGGACUUCCCUGUCAGGAACUUGGACCUGAGUAAGUUCUGCAUUGGCCACAAGGACGACAUGCAGCCUCCCAUCUACGACCUGUACGCCGUCAUCAACCACUACGGCGGCAUGAUCGGAGGACACUACACCGCCUACGCACGGCUGCCCAGCGACAAGAACAGCCAGCGCAGUGACGUCGGUUGGCGUCUGUUUGACGACAGCACGGUGACCAUGGUGGACGAGAGUCAGGUGGUGACGCGCUACGCCUACGUGCUCUUCUACCGGCGCCGCAACUCCCCCGUGGAGCGGCCCCCGCGCUUCCUGGGGCCCCUGGGGGCCGAAGCAGCCGGCGCCGCCGGAGCCGCCUCCAGCCAGGCAUCUAGUCAGGCGCUCUUCGGGACAGACCUGGACCCCGAAGGACCCCCUCAGCUGACCCCGGAGGUGCCCUCUGACCUCUUUGCGCCCUCGGGAGAGUGCUCCGCGCCGUCUUACAGCAACCUGGAGGAAGUGGACUAAAAGGGACACCACCCACCAACCCGGCCCGGCAGCCACGCCCAACACCAUGGUGCUCGCCUCACGCCAACAGCAGCCGUCCACCUCAGAGCUUCUCUUUACCAGCCAGGCCCGGAGAUCAGGGUCCCUCCUCCCCAAAGGUGGGGGGUGUUCUGGGGUGGGAGGCAACGUAACGUCACCCAGAAGCGAAGACUUGUAGUGCUAAGCCACGGUGCUACUGUUGCCACUGAUGCAACAACAACCACAGAGACACAGGGGGCCAAGGAUAAAGGCAUAUGCAUGCACACGAUCACCUUUUUAUAGCGCUGUCUACACACACACAUACAGACACACACACACACACACACACACACACACACACACACACACACACACACACACACACACACACACACACACACACACACACACACAAAUGCAGACACACACACAGACACACAUACACACAGAGACAGACAGACAGACAGACAGACAGACAAACACACACACAGACACACAAGCUCUCUGUAUACUCUCCCUGCUGCUCUGGUUAAACAUGGCAUAUACGACGUGUAGCCUUGUACACCAACACGUGUAUGUACUCGCACUCCACCCAGUCAUAUAAAUUCAUAAGCUUAAGACAUUCUGAGAGAAAAAACACAUGUUCCAUCCCUGCCCCGCCCCGCGGCACCACGUGCCACCCCACCCCGCGUGCAGUAGGCCCUCUGAGGUAGUCCUUCACCUGCUGUCUGAAUUACCCACAAGCCCCUGCUUUACAGAAACGUUUUCUCCCCCAAGCCAACAGAGCAGCUGUAGCCCCCAGUCCCAGACGUACUGGCUUGUAUCAUUUAUCUGUGUCUAUGUAAAGUGAAGGGAGGACUGUGCGUGUGUGUGUGUCUCGGAGUCUGUGUGAGUGUCUUUUUUCUGUUUCUUUCUUUUUUUCUCUCCUUGUCUGUAUUUUCUUUGGGAAGGUUUGAGGUGUCACUUGGUGGAACUCUAAACUUGGUUUCGUGUGUUAAGUGCUCUGAAAAGAACAUGGGUGGGGGCGGGCGAGACCAGUCUGUCCGACCUUGCGUACCGUAUACCUGAAAUGUGUUUUCUCUCUGAAGCCUGAUCGUUCUGAGUCAUGCACAGCACCGUGGUGCUCAAAGCUGUAGUGUGCGAAAAGGAGAAAACUCCUUCGUCCUCCCUCGCUGUGUGUGGCAUACUAGUUUGCCACGGAGAAGCCUUUUAAGGGUUGCAGCAGGUUUUUUUUGUGACGUAUUUGGUAUGAUUGGUAAUUGUAUUGUGUUUUUUUUCCUAAAACUAACUGAUGCGAAAGAAGGCUUCGAAGAAAGUCUAAUCAAUGCAAGUCCAUUGCAGGACUCGCAAGGCACCUUAGCUUUAAAACGCCUCCAACUUUAUCCAAACUGCAGCUAAACUGUACGGUCCAAACUGUGCUAUCAGAUUGAUUUGGAACGGUCAGGUGUAACCUUAUUAAUUGAACAACAUGAAUUGUUAAAUCAGCUGAAUUUCUCCUUCA